AUGAGCUUGUUGUCAGCCAUAGACACCAGUGCUGCUUCUGUCUACCAGCCUGCCCAGCUCCUCAACUGGGUCUAUCUGUCGCUGCAAGACACCCACCAGGCCAGCGCCUUUGAUGCCUUCAGACCCGAGCCCUCUUCUUCCCAGCACCCCGAUCUCAGCUACACCAAGAACAGCCCGGAGCUGGGCUCGUCCCUCAAUUCCAGCUAUCUGAACAGCUUCUUCCAGCUCCAGAGGAACGAGGCGCUGAGUAGCAGUCUGUAUAAGAGCGCAUCGCCCUAUGGCUCCCUUAAUAACAUAGUGGAUGGGUUAAGCUCGCUCACUGAGCAUUUCUCUGACCUAUCCCUCUCCUCGGAAGCCAGAAAACCCAGCAAGAGGCCACCUCCUAACUACCUAUGUCACCUCUGUUUUAACAAGGGACACUACAUCAAAGACUGUCCACAGGCUCGUCCAAAAGGAGAGGGUCUGACCCCUUACCAGGGCAAGAAACGCUGCUUUGGUGAAUACAAGUGCCCCAAGUGCAAGAGAAAAUGGAUGAGUGGAAACUCCUGGGCUAACAUGGGACAAGAAUGUAUCAAGUGUCACAUCAACGUUUAUCCUCACAAACAGAGACCCCUGGAAAAGCCGGAUGGCCUGGAUGUUUCAGAUCAGAGCAAGGAGCAUCCUCAGCAUCUGUGUGAGAAGUGCAAAGUUUUGGGCUACUACUGCCGUCGUGUGCAAUAA